ACGCUGGGCUCCGAACACAACCAAGUACAGAUGCUUGGAUGAACGGUGAGUCGACUUCAAAGGAUAACACUACGACAGCAGCUUUCAAAUCCCGCGCAUUUUGUACAAGUUAACCGCGCUUCGCUGUGUGAGAGGUUUUGCGGAAUGUUCGUGCAUUUCCUAGUCGAAGAGUUCGACUUGCCCAGCACGACACAGAUGCUUAUUUAGUUCCAUGGGAGGAUGACAAAACUGUGAAUUAAACAAAGAGCCAACCCGAUUGAUUCAUUUAAGUUUUCUGUCCGGUUUCUCACGCGAUUAUAUUGUGGAGAAAGUGACCCGUCAAAGCCUUAAAGACAAAAGAAUGAGUACAGUGCAAGACUCUUUCAACGUUCCAAAUGGCUCGCACUAUCCUUUUACGCCAGCCCAAGGCGUGCGGUCCUCCGCUCGUCCGUCUACUCAUGAGUUCAUAUUCACCGGACCUGAUAGCUUCACCAGUUCUAGCGUCGCAGCUGUUCGUCCACCUAACAGCAGUAUAAAUCUAGCAUCUGACACAACUGUCGCUAGAGCAGGCAGCAACCAGCGACAACUCAACAUGUUCCCUGGCUCAGUUAUACACCAGCUUCACCCAAGCCACUACAAUAGCCUGCAAGAGCCACAUCGAGACGGUACUAAUGGUUCACCUCACGGGUUUUAUUCUGUUGCUCACGCUCACGACCCGCCUGGCUCUCACUAUCAACAGACUGGCGGACCUCUAACCGGGCCUUACAGGUUCAGUAAAGGCAUGGAAUAUUAUACCCGAGACGACAAAUAUGAGCCUCAUCAUUCGCAAUACGCGAGCCCUUUCGCUGCACCGCGCUACGAAUUUAUGCAGCACGCAGGGCUAACCAUGCCUGGAAGUUACCUGCGCCAGCCUUUGAGUCAUGUGGUGGUUUGUGAAUGGAUCGAACCGGGCAGUAAAGGAAAGCCUUGUGGGAGACAAUUCUUUCGAAUGCACGACGUAGUAGCGCAUCUUUCUGAAGAUCAUGUUGGUGGACCGGAAAGCAGUUCUCAUGUGUGCUUCUGGAAAGAUUGCCCUCGUAAUGGACUACCUUUUAAAGCCAAGUAUAAGCUUAUCAACCACAUUCGUGUGCACACGGGAGAAAAGCCUUUCUCAUGUCCAUUCCCUGGCUGUGGAAAGCUCUUCGCUAGAUCAGAAAACCUAAAGAUCCACAAGCGAACGCACACCGGUGAGAAACCGUUCAUGUGCGAAUACCCCGGUUGCGAUCGACGUUUCGCAAAUUCGAGUGAUAGAAAGAAGCAUUCGCAUGUUCAUACGUCUGAUAAACCUUACAUCUGCAAAAUAGAAGGAUGUAACAAAAGCUAUACCCACCCAAGUUCCCUUCGAAAGCACAUGAAGCUCCAUGCGAAGCCCUCGGACUCUCUUGGUUCGACAAGUCCUCACGAUGAAAGCGUGUCUUCCGGCAGGACAAAUUCACCAGCUUUCCACACCGCUUCAACUUACCCGCCAAUGUCGGAAUGGUUUAACCGCUUACCAUCGACACAGAAUCACGAACACUAUCAUAUGGACAAUAGCGCUAGCAUUGCUGCCGCACAAGCUCCUCUGGCGUCCUACUGACAUCCUACCGAGGAAAUAAAGACUACGCUCUUUUAACAUGGAGACAAGAUAGCAUUAUUUAAAUAACCGUUUCAAUCAACUGUAAGCGGGUGACGUCUCCGUCAAAUCUAUCCACAGAAACAUGUGUCGUUCAGUCGCUGACAAAAAAAAUUUGCGACAGGAUAUUUGCUAUUGGAAGACCAGCUCCAAUCUAGACUAACGCUGGAACAAUGGCAAAAAAAUUAUCCUAAACUUGGAAUAUUUCAUUUCCAUUAUCGCUGUUGAGAAAACAGUGUUGUUUACGAAGGAUGCCAGUCGUGCAACAUUCGGUAAGCGUCACACAAAGACGAACUCAAGAAGCAGAUUAAAAGAAGAAAUUUUGCCCUAAAAGUCCACUUUGUAUUGAGGCAAAAUAGUUGUGGGCCAGAAGGUUGACAAUUUGAAAAAUGAAGACAUUUUAUGUUGGGCGAGAUUCCAAGGAAAUGGAAACUAUAAUAAAACUCCUCGGGCAAGGACCACAAGAAGGAGUUGAAUCUAUCAAUCAAAAUCACCAUCAGUAAGAAGGAGUAUUAGCUUACAGUAUUUUCUUAUUUAUGUCAGGAUAUUUACUGUUCAAAAUCAGCACUGUAAAUAGCAUAUUUAGAAUUUGACAUCAUCUAGUAUAUUAUAAAGGAAAGAAAGUUGAGGGGAGGAAUCUGAUACCAGUGUCAAAUUAGUCUGCUUGUUUCGAAACUCGUAGCACACGAAGUUCGUCGAUACAGUCUAUUGCUGUAAAAAUUGGACUUUCUGCUUCAAGUUGGAAUGCCAUCUUUUAAAACUGAGAAAACUAAAUAAAGCUUUCGUUCUGUGA